AUGACCCCUAGCGGAACUGCUAUACCAUCCAUGUACGCGGAUGCUUGUGGGAUAACUUACAACCCUGUGCUAGCUACUACUGUGUCAUCUAGCAUCCAUCCCGAAAUUAGCUAUGAUACGAAUUCGAAGGAUCCCGUGAUGGUUAGAUCCCGCGUCUUCAUAGGACGUUUGACUAGUGCUCCAGUAACGCGUGACGAUUUGAUUAUACUUUUCAAGCCUUUCGGUAAUAUCCUCGCUCUGAAUCACUUCAAGCAAGGUUUUGGGUUUGUGCAGUUUUCUCAGCCGGCUGAGGCUGAUGCGGCUGUUAAUGGAUUGAACGGGAAGAAGUGGAUGGGUGUCAUCAUAGGUCAGUUCAUCUUUUAUUUCAAUAAUUGGAAUUUAUUGCAUCAAUGCUUUGCGACCGUCCUAUGCGCACCAGUGUGA